CCUGUCAGCGGCCUGACCAUGGCGCUGUGCGAGGUGGCUGGUUGCGGGAGCUCUCUGCUCUGGCCUCGCGUGUUGCUUUUCGGAGACUCCAUCACUCAGUUUUCGUUUCAGCAGGGAGGAUGGGGAGCAUCGCUGGCUGACAAGCUAGUCAGGAAAUGUGAUGUUCUGAAUCGUGGAUUUUCAGGUUACAAUACCAGAUGGGCCAAAAUCAUCCUUCCAAGGUUAAUCAGGAAGGGGAACAGUUUGGACAGCCCAGUAGCAGUUACAGUUUUCUUUGGUGCCAAUGACAGUGCGCUAAAAGAUGAGAAUCCCAAGCAACACGUUCCCCUGGAUGAGUACGUUGCGAAUUUAAAGAGCAUGGUGCGGUACCUGAAGUCUGUGGAUGUCCCGGAGAACCGCGUCAUUCUCAUCACCCCGCCCCCUCUCUGUGAAACAGCCUGGGAAGCUGAGUGCCUGGCGCAGGGUUGCAAAUUAAAUCGCCUGAACUCAGUUGUUGGUGAAUAUGCCAACGCAUGUUUACAAGUAGCCCAAGACUGUGGGACUGAUGUACUUGACCUGUGGACCCUGAUGCAGAAGGACAGCCAGGACUUUUCAUCCUAUUUAUCAGAUGGACUCCAUUUGUCACCAAAGGGAAAUGAGUUUUUGUUCUCACAUCUCUGGCCUUUGAUAGAGAGGAGGGUCUCUUCUCUGCCUUUGCUGCUUCCGUACUGGCGAGAUGUGGCAGAAGCAAAGCCUGAAUUAAGUUUGCUGGGAGACGGAGACCAUUAGUCAUCACUGGAAACCCAAGUCUGACUGGCAAUCCACAGAACUCAAUUUCCUAACACACACAGAUUCCCAGGAGAUCAACAUAAGAAUAUUUUUGUUUUUAAGCUUAAACAAUUCCUCGUGCCUCUGGAUCAAAAACCACAUUGUCACCAAUAUUAAUAAAAAUAUUAGGAUUUUUCAUGGAAUUU